AGUGUAUAUCUAUGUAAAUUACUGUUGAUUAUGAAAAUGCUGAAAAUAUGAUUUAUUUUUUUAUAAACAUAGAGGCACCUUGCAAACGGUACACAUCAAACCGGUCCGAAUCCUUUUUUUUGAGUUGCUGCAGUAGGUCAUAUCUACUAACUUGAAAGGCAAUCAAUCCAUUUUUACUCCUUUUUAUCAAUUUCUAUAAGAAAACUCCAAUUAUGACCGUUCGCAAGAGUUAAUGUAACC